AGUAAUAAUAAAUUAUAUAUUGAAGAAGGGAAUGAAAAAGUACGUGUAUCAAGUAUACGUUGGGCAUAUACAAUGGUAGUAGGAUAUAUGAGUGAAACAAUGCAAGCAUCAAAGGUUUUUAAAAAGACUAAGAUACAUAGUGUAACUAGUCUUAUCUUAUAUGUAUACAAGUUAUACAAAUUGUUGCAAAUAAUGCUACUAAAUAAUUAGUAAGAUCUUCAAUAAUAUAAAUUCAAGCAAAACUUAUUUUUCCUGUGUCUACCUUGUUUAUUACAAUUAUAAAUUUCUUCAGACUACUUGUUGUUGAUUGUGCAUUUUUUUCUUUUUGAGACAAUAAUAUUAUUAUGAUAAUAAAUAUGAACCAAAGAAAAAUAAGACUUUAUGUAAGAUUAUCAUAAGAAAAACGAUGAAAAAAAUAGUAUCGUAUCAAUAAACAAUAUUUCUAUAUUCUUUAGUAACUAAAUCAAUAAAACAUAUCUGUAUAAUUUAAUAAAUACUUUUAAAUUAAUUAUCUAGAGACUUUGGUAUUCGUGGUGUUGCUUUACGUUUAUUACAUAAACUUUUACCUAAAUUAACACAUGAACAAUUAUAUGAAAUAGCACAAAUUUUAUAUGUUGAUGGUCCAAAUGAAUGUCAAAUUUGGACACUUGAAAUUUAUAAAUGGAUGUAUGAUUAUAUAACAAAUUAUUUAACAAAAGAAUUAAAAAUAUCUAUAACACCAUUAUCGGAAAUGUUUUAUCAUCAUGUUCGUGAACAAUUACUACAAUUAUUAUCAAGUAAAAAUGAAUAUAUACGUGUUAAUUGUCGAAAUUUUUGGUGUGAUUCAAAACGUUUAAGUACAUCAUCACAUCAUCGUCUUAUGGCAUUAAUUGAUCAAUUAUAUUCUAUAAAAACUGAAAAUGAAUAUUUAAAUUAUUGUACAAAUUUUCUUCUUGAACGUACAACACAUAAUCCUGAUUAUAAUCAUUUUAUAUUUGAAAAUCCACUUGAUAAAUGUUCAUUUCAAGAAUUUCCAUUAGCAUGUAAUUGGCGUCAACGUCAUCAUACAUAUAUGACACCUUUAUUUACAUUACAAUCACAAGCAAUUAUUGAUCCAUCAAUACCAACAACAACAACAAAUUUAAUGACUAUGGAUCCUGUUCAAUUUAUGCAAACAUUAAGUGACAAUAAUAAUAAUGCAGAUCAACAGCAACAACAACCAUCUAAUUCAACAUCAUCAAUGAUUUUACAAACACAAGAAAUAUCAAGUAGACAACAAUUUAUUCCAACACAAAUGUUAGAUAAUAAUAAUAAUACAAAUUAUAAUUGGCUUAAACAAACAAAUACAUUAGAUUCAAUAAAUACAUUUAUGUUACCAACAUUAUCAACACAAACAAAAAAAACAACAUCAUUAAUUGUUGAUGUUGAUAAUACAAAUAAAAAAUUAAAAACAAAUACACAAAUAAAUGCAUUAAGUCAAAAGGAUGAUGAAGAAGAUGAUGAUAUUUUUAGACUUAAAAGAAGAUUUCUUAAAGAUUCUGGACAAUUACAUGCUGCUUAUUUUGCUCGAAGACAAAAUGAAAAAAAAGAAACAGAAAAACAAUAUUUAAAUGAAAUAAAAUUAAAACAAGAAAAUCAAGUUGAAAAAUAUCGUACAUAUCGUAUAGGUGAAUUACCCGAUAUACAAAUACGUUAUAGUGAUAUCAUAAUUCCUUUACAAGCACUUGCUCAAUAUGAUAAUCAUAUAGCACGUUUAUUAUAUGCAAGUUUAUUUACAUCAAUAUUAAAUUCUCUUGAAGAUAAAUUAUCAACUGAUGAAUAUUAUAAUUUAAUUCAUACAAUUCAACAUCGUUUUGAUGUUAUGUUAUCACAAUCAGAAAUAUGUUAUCCAUCAUUUGUUACUGCUUUACCUGUUAUUGUUUUAUCUAAACCAGAAAAAAUACAAAUAUCAUCACAAUAUAUAAGUUCAUCAACAAUUGCAAGUCAUUUAGAAUCAGUUGCUCAAUGUUAUCGUUCAUUAGCUAAUUAUGAUGAUGUACGUGGUAUUUUUUUUCAAACACCUGGUUUAAAAUUAAUAACAUUACGUGCUAUUGAAAAAGAAAGUCAUACAGAUUUUUCAUUAGCUUUAAAUAGUUAUGUUACAGCAUUAAAACAAUAUCCAUUAACAGAUGAAACAUCAAAUGAUCCUAUAUUAGAAUUAGAACAUGAAUUUUGGACACAAUCUAUGUUAAAUUGUUGUAAUCAAAUAAAUAAUUGGACAAUUAUGUCCAAACAUAUAUUUAUUGAAGAUACAAAAUUUGAUACAUUAUGGUCAAAUGCACAUCAAUUAAAUUAUUUAAUGCCAUAUGCUAUACGUGCUAAACUUAAAUUACUUAUAUCAGAUAAUGAAAAAGGGUCUUUAACAAAAUUAAAUGAAACACGUCAUCGUCUUGAUUUAUGUCAAAAUCCAUUAAUAAAAUCAAUAUAUUGGAAUGAAAUAUAUUGUGAUGCACAUUUAAAACGUUAUCAAGUUCAAUCAUCAACAUCAACAUUAUCAAGUUUAUUAUCAAUAAGUGUUGCAAAAGAAUUUAAAACAAUGGAAACUAAAAUUCAAUCGUUAAAAAUUAUUGAUCAACAAACAGCACAAUUAAAUUCAAAUUAUAUACAAUUAAAUUCACAAUUUUGUCGAACAAUUGUUGAUUUUCUACUUGCACAACCAUUAGCUUAUCACAAUUACGAACAAGAUGAAAAAAUUCCACAAGCUAAACAUAAACAAUUAGAAAUGUAUUUAUAUGGAUUAGAAAAUAAUAAUAAUCAAAUUCAACAAGCUGAUUGA